AUUCAGCUCCUAACUUCUCAUAGAUGGCCAAAGUAAACGAAACCCAGAGAGCGACUUGUCGUCUUGCAGAAUGCGUUUUGGUUGUUUUUCUUUUGAAAACACAGGAGCUGUUACGCGUUUUGAAGACUACAAAUAUCUGGAUCAAAUAGAACAACAUGUACAUAAGUAAUAAACGAACAUAACAAGCCAUAUCAGACCUCGUAGAAUUAAUUGGAAACUCUAAAGUAGGCUUAAAUACGAAAACUUUCACCUAAGAUCAUGUUUUGUGUUCGCGAAUCAACAUUGGAAGUGGAAACAAAUUUGAAAACCUUUUCAACAUCUCUUUUGUAGAGACAAAGAUCCCUGUUCAUCAACUUCGGCUAGAGGUGUGUUCAAGAUGGAUAACAACUAUCUCCCAUCCUCGCAGAAGGACCAGCACAAGUUUGUUCCCAAAAACCUAUCGUGGCAGCUAAGAGUGAAGAAAUCUCUAAAAGCUUUCCAAAAGACAGUACCUCUACUAUACCUAUCAUGUGCUCUAUUUGGUAUAUUUGUUUAUUUAUCCAAACAAUCAAGUCCAAAAGACAGCUCCAGUACUGCUGAUAACUUCCAAUAUGAUGAUAGUUCUUACCGUCAAGAUGCAAACUCAUAUGUGGAUCCUUACGCUCUUACAAGUUUGAAGAAACCAACUUUAUUUGAAGAAUUCCCAUUUGAAUCUGAUGUGUCCAUGUUACCAAUAGCUCCUUAUGCACAUGUUCAAGAAAAACUUGACUUUAGAUCUACAAUGGCUGUAUACUUGGAAACAAUCAAAACAUAUGUUUUGAAAUCAACAUCUGGUUCUUCCAAUCAACAACCCCCAGUAUUCAAUUUCAAUUGGAAGGAUUUCGUUGAUUUGAAUAUCUUGAAGCCAUUAUUAGAGGAAAAACCAAACUGUUUUAGAAUUGGUGCUUUAGGUGCAACUACAAGAAUCCCAUGGCCAAGUUGUCUUGAUGAACCUAAAAAUCUUGGUUUUGUUUUCAUAAACCCUUCUUUACAACCAGAAACUGAAUUUAGGCUAUCCAUUAGAGGAAAAUCAUAUCUUUUCACAGCUGCUCCCUUACCAAAUAAGUUGAUUUUCUUAGCUGGUGAAUUGGCAUUUGUUACAAAAGUUGGUAAAAAAUUAGGUUUAGACGAAAAUACAAUGAUUGAUGAGUAUGUUCAAAGAAAAAUGAAAGAUACUGGAAUUUCUCAAGAUCAAAUAAUAAGAACUCCAGUUGAUCCAAAUGACGAAUUGAAUGGUAUUGCAGAAGCGUUAAAAAGAGAUUUAAUCAAUUUCAAUGUUGACAAAGGAAAACAUGUCAGCGUUGAUAAAACUUCUUUUAGUGUUCAAUCAUCAAAAGAGAAAAGUCAGCUGGCCAAUGCAGCUAGACAUCAUGAUAAUCGUCACUUCAGAAAUGUCUUGAUCAAGUCCAAAGAUGAAAUUAAACAAUCUGAACAAAAAAAAUCUUUACAUAGUGUUGUUGAAAAUUACCUACAGUUAUGUACAAAUUUGGGAAUAACCACUUGGUUGGCUGAGGAGUCUUUAAUCUCAUGGAGCUAUAAUGGAUUAAUUGGGCCUUGGCAAGAUACUGUUAGAUUUGAAUUGCCUGCUGCUGAUAUCUCAAGAAUUGCAAACUCUUUUAAUUAUUCACUGGUCAUUUCUGAUCCAAGAAAUGGUACUGGUAAUUAUUUGAUUGACAUAUCACCAUGGUACUUGGAGAGAGCCAGAUAUAAUGAUGGUGGUGCUGCACCAGAUGUUGUUGAUGGGAGAAUUAUUGAUACUAAUACUGGUUUAUAUAUUGAAUUGGUGGGUGUUAUAAAUGCUCCAAAAGUACCAAAAGAUAUUGCCUUAAAAUCAAAUAGUGACAAAAUAUCAGAUUAUGUUGUUACUGGUAAUGGUAAUUUCUGGUAUUUGCCUUCAUUAUUACCACUAAAUAAAACUUUAUAUGAAGGUAAAUUAGCCAAUGUCCCAAAAACAAUACCGGACGAAUAUUUGGAGAUUCCAUCAGGCUACAACUUUAAAGAUCAUUUGAGAUUGUUUGUUGAUGAUACUAAAUGUACAUACGUUCCUGAAGAAGAAAAAGUUAAAUUUGAUCAAACAUAUAUUGGGUGUUGUCAUGAUAAUCUAAUAUGGAAAGAUUACAAUUCAACAAAAUUUGCAACUUUGAAAUUCUUACAAAUGAAAGGUAACCCACUUAAUGUUGCCGAUGAAACUGAUAUUAAUUUUGAUUAG